AUGGACGAAUCCGAGUUGGCGCCCAAAUUCGCGCCCUUCAUUGGGAUGGCCGGAAUCGCCUCUGCCAUGAUCUUCGGAUGUAUCGGAGCGGCAUACGGCACGGCCAAAUCAGGGAUUGGAAUUGCUGGUGUUGGAACCUUCAGGCCGGACCUGAUCAUGAAGUGCCUGAUCCCCGUCAUCAUGUCGGGUAUCCUCGCUGUCUACUCCCUCGUCAUCUCCGUCCUCAUCGCCGAGGACCUCCAGCCCCCAUCGGCGCAAAGCUACAGCCUCUUCACCGGGUUCAUGCACCUGGCGUGUGGUCUCUCUGUUGGUCUGACGGGCCUCGCAGCGGGAUACUGCAUCGGCAUUGUUGGUGAUGGUGGUGUGCGCGCGUACAUGGAGCAGUCCCGUAUCUUUGUCGGCAUGGUGCUCAUCCUGAUUUUCGGCGAAGUCUUGGGUCUUUAUGGUCUCAUCGUUGCUCUCAUCCUCAACACCAAGAGCAAGGGCUAA